AUGCCUCGAUUCAAAGUAGAUAUUACAAGUUUAAACCGAGAAAUUGAACAAUCACCCCUAGUCAAUCCGAAAGAUACGAAUUUGAUGAGUUCAUCAGAAGAUCAGAAAUUAGUGAAGGAAUGGAAAUUAAAUCAUGUGUUAUAUCUUGCCGGCAACAAUUUUAAACCAAGUAAUGGUAUAAUUUUAGGUUACGAUGGAAAAUUAGAUAUUGUUACAUAUUCAGGAGAACCGGUAGUGUAUGCAGUAGUUAAUAACCGUUCAGAUAAACCAAAAUCAUUUUGGGAUAAGUUACGAGAUAGUUAUCCAGAGUUUUCAUUGACAAAAGAACCCCCUAUUAAUGAAAUCUUUGAAACCGAUAUUUGUCUUCUAUUCCCAAUUGCUGAGGUCUCUUACACGUAUAAUGGACCAAUAAAUAAUGUUUUUAAGUUUGAUUUAAAUAAUGAAGAGGAGGACUUCAUAACAGAUAAAUAUGCCGAAUAUGGCACUUUUUUGCUAAAAAAUUGCUUGUCGGAGGAAAAAAAUCCAUUUGAGGAUGCAACAAUAUUCGAUUUUUCUAUUAUUGAGACAACAAAUAAAAACUUUUUAAAAACCCCAAAAGAUCUAGCAGA